ACGAACGCCGGCACGGACGGCAAGGCCUGCAACGUGCUCAUCUUCGACCUGGGUGGCGGUACCUUCGAUGUGUCGAUCCUGUCGAUCGAGAACGGCAUCUUCGAGGUCAAGUCCACGGGCGGUGACACGCACCUGGGUGGCGAGGACUUCGACAACAACAUGGUGGAGCACUUGCUGACGGAGUUCAAGCGCAAGAACCGCAACCUGGACCCGUCUGGCUCGGCCCGCGCCAUGCGCCGUCUGCGCACGGCCUGUGAGUCGGCCAAGCGCAUGCUGUCGACCACGACGAGCGCCUCGGUGGAGGUGGACUCGCUCUUCGAGGGCGUUGACUUCUCGUCGACCGUGACCCGUGCCAAGUUCGAGUCGCUCAACGAGGAGCUGUUCAAGCGCUGCGAGGAGACCGUCCUGAAGGUGCUCGAGGACGCCAAGAUGAAGCCCGAGGAUGUGACGGAGCUGGUGCUGGUGGGCGGCUCCACGCGUAUCCCCAAGGUGCAGACCAUGCUGUCGACGCUGUUCGGCGGCAAGGAGCUGUCCAAGUCGAUCAACCCGGACGAGGCCGUCGCCUACGGUGCCGCCGUGCAGGGCGCCAUCCUGGACGGCAUCCGCAACGACGCCACCAACUCGCUGCUGCUGGUGGACGUGACCCCGCUGUCGCUCGGCAUUGAGACCGUGGGCAAGGUCAUGUCGGUGCUCAUCAAGCGUAACACGGCCAUCCCCGUGCGCAAGACGCGCGUGUACACCACGGAGGAGGACUACCAGACGUCCGUGGACGUGUGCAUCUACGAGGGCGAGCGCGCUUGCGUGGAGUCCAACAACAAGCUGGGCGAGUUCAACAUCUCGGGCCUGGAGCGCGCCAAGCGCGGCGAGCCGCAGGUCGAGGUGACGUUCGAGAUCGACGCCAACGGCAUCCUGAACGUGUCCGCCCGCGACAAGAAGACGGGCGCCAAGGCCGAGACCACCAUCUCCAACAACCGCGGCCGUCUGAGCCAGGAGGACAUCGACCGCAUGGUCGCCGAGGCCGACAAGUUCAAGAAGGACGACGCCGAGAUGCUGCGCCGCAUUGAGGCCCGCAACGACCUGGAGCAGUUCAUCUACCGCGCCAUCGAGAUGGCCCGCGAGAAGGGCGACACCAACGUCGAGAGCGCCAUCCGCGACGCCCGCGACUGGCUCGAGGACCACGAGGAGGCCACGCUCCGCGAGCUCGAGGACAAGAAGCGCAUGCUCGAGCGCAUGGUGCGCUUCUAAGCGCGCGGUAGCUUGUUACUUUAGCUUUUAGUCAGCGUACAGAUGAAAAAUCAACAAAGCUUGCUAUUCAUUUACUACUAG